AUGACAGGUGAUGGAGUCUUGGUUGUACCAUAUAACGUGUUUGCGAAGCUGCCUUCAUACAACCCCUUCGUGGGCACGUUUCAUCAUGCGCCAAGCGCUGGAAACCGCGGUGCCAUUUAUUUUUCAAGCGAUAUUGUCGACAUGGCAGAGCUUGAAGAGCGUAAGAAGUUUCGUCAUCAUCCGCUAACGGGCAUUUUCCACUCACUUCCGGGCUACUACGAUCCACUGCACAAGCUUGCUGCUUGUCGUCGCGUUAAAACAGCUGAGGGUAUUUACUCUGACACGGAGUCAUUACGCUCUUUCGUAGCUAUGGACAUCACAGACAGUGAAGACUUUGCCUUGCUCCAGCAGCCUUCGCAUAUGAAUCGCAUGUACAGUGAUUCUUUAUGUAUUCACAAUGCAGAUCUUAUCACGCGUCCGCGUCGUUUUAGUGACGGUGACGCCGAUCCGUUUUUCAAUGGAAACAAAGCCGUCUCACCGAAUGCUAAGAAAGAUAGCGGAAUUGACUACCUUGACGAGUCCACUGACAGCGACGUGGAUGGCGACUUUGCGUCUUUGGUGAGACAAACGCCUCGUUCGUUACCUUUGAACAUUCUGUCGGUCACGGAUAAAUUUGAUGUUCCACCGCCGGUUGGUAGUUUACCUCCUCGCCGUACGCCAUACAAGAAGCCUAUGAAAUCGUCUGGCACGUCUUCUACUAGCGCGAAAAACACUGGAAUGUUUUCUGGUCGGUCGUUUAUCGCUUCAAGCCAUGAUCGCACUGAGCGUUAUAAGUCAGCGGGCUGCUCGGAGUUGACGGACGGUUUCAUCUCGACGGGUAAAGGAAUUUUUAGGAAGGUUGGUUUUCGCUCGUCGCUACAUGAGCGUCUGAAUGAUAAGGACAGGGGCAGGCUAAAGAAGCCUGUUAAACUGAAUCUUCAGCGCUCUGUUAGUGAGGGGAGCUCGGACGAUGACAUUGACAACGAGUACACCCAAGCAGCCCCUCGGAUUCCUGCGAAUCCAUUUGUAGCAAGACGCUUGAAUGAUGGCGAUGAGAUUCGUAUCAUGGCAAUUCAUCGCACAGGAAGACGUGAUACAGCGACUCAAGUUCUCAAGAAUGACGACUAUGGUAGCGACAGCGAGGAUGAGUACAGUUAUCCGAAACCGUACUUUAUUCACGAGAGAGCUGUCACUGAGCAGUAUGAACUGGUUGGUGAAGACCAGUUGGGUGACGGCUCUUAUGCUGUGGUCAAGCCUGCUAUUCAUCGCGUGAACGGGAAGCAAGUUGCAAUCAAACAGAUUCACAAGCGUUUUCUGCGCGACGAAGCGGCGAAAAACGCGGUGAGCCGAGAGAUUGAAAUUCAUUUACGCUUGCGACACAAACAUAUCGUUCGGCUUUACGAGGUGUAUGAGACUCCCGAUUUCCUCUAUUUGGUCAUGGCGAAAGCAACAAAGGGUAAUUUGAAGUCGUUGAUGCAAAGAAAGCGCAUGCUUCCUGAGGCGCUUGCAGGAAAGCUUUCGCAGCAAAUUGCUCGUGCUGUUCUAUUCCUGCACGAUAUGGGCGUGCUGCACUGCGAUCUGAAGCCUGACAACAUUUUGCUGAGCGAUGCGAAGUACGCGAAUGACAAUGGCGAAAACUCCCCGAUUAUGCGUCGCGCAAGUCCUCCUAAGUCUAGUCAAGAUCCGCAUGCUGACGUCAAGUUGACGGGUGAUGUCCACAAGGUUCCGUUUACUGGUGUUACGGGUACCCCAGGCUACAUUGCUCCCGAGUUACUACAGCAGCAGUCAUAUGGCAAGCCGACGAUCAGUGCUGAUGCAAAGGACUUGGUUGAGCGCUUGUUGGAGCGUGACCCGGCAAAGCGUUUAACCGCUGCUGAGGCUCUAUCACACACCUGGUUUGAGUCGGCUAUGUUUGCAAUUUAG